CCGGCAAGGGCAUGCUGUGAGAUUUUUCCUUUCGUUUUGAUCGUUUUCGCCGUUUCGUUCGUUUCGUAGAUUUCGUUUUCGCCUUUUCGCCUUGUGGUAAAAAACGCGGGAAAAUCGUUGGUUGUUUUUAAUCGUGAACUGCGAGUUUCAAUUUUUGUGGCUGAAGAACUUCGUUUGUCCUGCAAAAUGAUAAAUUCGCGACAAAACUAUCUUAACGCGAAACGGUUCGCGGCCGAUAUGGCGCUGGAACACAUCAUACCACACAACGUCUGCUUCUAUCUCAUACCGCCGAUCGUGGAUUUGACCAUCGAGGAUUUCGAGAAGCUCGCCCUGGAACGGUUGAAGAUGUUGCGGCUGCUGGAGCAGGUGGCGGCCAAAAACCCUAAAGCCACACCGGAAGCGUGGCGUGAAGCGGUGCUGGCCGAGGUAAAUCACGACGGAUUGCGCAUGUACGCGAAGCUGUUUCGGGGCAACAUAAACGAUGAUGCGACGAAGAUGGCACGCCGGCGGGACUAUCUUUCACACUUCAUCCUCCGCUUCGCCUACUGUCGCUCGGAGGAGCUGCGCCGCUGGUUCAUCGCACGGGAGAUGGAGCUGUUUCGUCUCAAGUUUAGCGCACUGUCCGCGCGCGACAUCAAGGAGUUCCUCGAGGUGUACGAACUGGAUUACAGUCCGCUGGCGGACGCAGAGAAGGCCGAAAUCUCGGAGCAGCUGUGCAUGAGCACGGCGAACCAAACGAGACUGAAGAUGGAAACGAGCGACUUCUACGCGGUUCACUUUACUGAGGUGCUGAACCUCGUGCGGGAUAGAAAGUGUUUCCUGAAGGGCGGCAAAGCGUACAUUCCGCCCGAGAGUUUUGUGCACGUCGUCGCCCGGAAGCACCAGCAGCUUAUCGAGGACGGUUUGAAGGCGCACCUGCGCAUGCUGCCGACGCUGGAGAUUGAUGAGCGGUUCUCGAUGCUACUCAAAUCCAUUCACACAUCGUACACGGGCAAGAACUACACCGUGUCCAAAACGGAUAGCGUGCCGAUUGAGAGCAUUGAUCAGCUGUCCAAAAAAUCCUUCCCACUUUGCAUGCGCCACAUACAUGAUACAUUGCGAGCGACACAUCACAUCAAGCACACAGGCCGCAUGCAAUACACACUCUUUCUCAAAGCGAUCGGCGUCACGAUGGAUGAUUGCGUGCGGUUUUGGCGUGAAGAGCUUACACGAGGCAAGAUACCAAUCGAGAAGUUCGAGAAGGAGUAUGCGUACAACAUUCGGCACAAUUACGGCAAAGAGGGAUCCCGUGUGAACUACUCACCGUUCUCCUGCAUGAAAGUGAUCACCCAGGCCAUUGGACCGGCCGACACCCAUGGCUGUCCAUUUAAAAACCUUGACGCCAGCGCACUCAAGAUCAAGUUGGCCGGGUACGGUUUGAGCGCUCUCGAUUGCGAUGAAGUAGCAGGAUACGCGGCUAAAGGGCACUAUCAGAUAGCUUGCGGGAAGUACUUCGAGACGUUGCACGAGACAAAGCUGGAGGAAGGUAUCAACCAUCCUAAUCAGUACUUUGAGUUAAGCCAGCUUACGAUGGAAGGCAGAAGCACGACGGAACGCUCUCGAGGUCGGGCACCACAGCAGCAAAAUCCUCGCUGGACUGGCGGUAGUCAAACCACUAGCCAAGCGCACCAUGAAUCCAGUUUCCUUGGCGAUUCCAGUACUUUAAACGGGGCCGGCGACGAUCAGGAACUGUGGGAAAUCAUGGAAACAAAAGAUAAGGAGUCCGAAGCCAUCGGCCUAGAAUCGAUAUCCUCCGUCAGCAAAAACAAGCAACAAGUACCUGCGACCAAAGGCAACCCCAAGGCAUCUCCGGCGAAGCUUACGACGAAGGACUGGGAUGAUGAGGAUUUCGAUCUGCUAGAGUUGAAUGAAUGAUUCAACGAAACGCAGGAAAUAUUGUGCAAAAGAGCCAAGGUAUGGUAUCGUAGCGUUGCAUUGAAAUUCGAUCAAUCGAUAUCUUAAGAGUCUAUUAUAUGAUUGAAAUCUAAACUCAACUACCUGUAUGAUAAGCUUUUGUGAUAUGUAAUGCGUGAGUAAAAUCCGAAUACGUCAUUCACUAGGACACUAAACGCAGUUCGCUCGUUAACAUACAAGGGUAAGAUCAACGGAAAGAUUUUUGUACGGAUAUGCUUUUCAAAAUUCUUACAUUUUUCAUGCAUUACGC